CUAUUCUCCUCCUUUUUUCUCCCCAACAUUGACUCUCACACCUUUCCUUCUUCUCCUCUUUUCUCCACUGAUUUCGUUUUUAAAACCAGCUCAACUCGGUUCUGCAUAUCGAACUCACUCUCCCCUUCUCUUUCUAUUCUAUUCCAUGGGGCAGAAUCCAUCGCGUCAUCUCUGGAACCUCAAUCACCUAUCCUUUAUUCUGUAGAAAAACUAAUAAUUCAAGACAUUUUUUUAUCUGUUGACUUUUUUUCCCCUUUCUUUUUGGCCAUGAAUCAAAUAGCUCGAAGCCAUUUGAUUAUGUUUCUUUUUGCUCUUUCCUUUCUUGUUCCUUCACUUGAAGCUAGUGAAGGUGAUGCUGAUCCGAUUUACAAGACUUGUUUAGAAGACUGUGAAAAAAGUGGGUGUGUAGGGGAAAUGUGUUUUCAACACUGUAAAUUCUCUUCCGAUGGGAAACCAAUUGAUGGACCAUGGUAUUUGCAAGAACCCCUUUAUCAGAAAUGGAAACAAUGGGAUUGUCGGUCCGAUUGUCGGUACCAUUGUAUGAUUGCUAGAGAGGAACAGAGAUGGAAACUCGGUGGGAAACCGAUCAAAUAUCACGGAAAAUGGCCUUUCCAACGUGUCUACGCGAUCCAGGAACCGGCAGCUGUAGCAUUCUCUGCGAUAAGCCUCGCGAUUCAGUUUCAUGGUUGGCUCUCGUUUCUUAUCCUUUUGAAUUAUAAGUUGCCUUUAAGGCCUGAUAAAAAGACUUAUUAUGAAUACACUGGCUUGUUUCACAUCUAUGCCAUCCUUGCAAUGAAUUUCUGGUUUUGGAGUGCCGUUUGUCACACUCGAGAUGUCGAGUUGACAGAGAAGCUGGAUUAUUCAUCUGCCGUUGCACUAGUUGGAUUCAGUUUUAUUCUAACAAUCCUACGAACCUUUGAUGUGAGAGACGAAGCUUCGAGAGUCAUGGUUGCUGCUCCGUUGAUUGCGUUUGUGAUGACACAUAUCUUGUAUCUGAACUUCUACAAGCUUGAUUAUGGUCUAAAUACGAAAGUCUGUAUGGCCAUGGGUGUAGCCAACCUCCUCAUUUGGGGAGUUUGGGCCGGUAUAACGAGCCAUCCUUCACGGUGGAAGGUCUGGUUGUUCAAUGUAGGGGGAACCAUCGCAUUGCUAUUGGAAAUAUACGAUUUCCCACCUUAUAAAGGCUUUAUCGAUGCUCAUGCUCUCUGGCAUGCAGCCAAUAUCCCUCUCGCAUACAUUUCCUGGAGCUUUGUCAGGGACGAUGCCGUGUUCAGGACCUCAACACUCCUCAAGAAAACGAAAUGACUUUAUUAUCUGUCAGAAACGCGUGCACUAACCCCAAAACAGUGAAACCCUAUCGAGUAACCGAACUCACCAGUGAUGAAGCCAUCGAUGGGGGCUCUCCACAUCUUUUCUUUUUACGCGUUUCUGUAGAAUCUGUAAGUCCAAUUUUUUAGACUGUCUUUUUUUUUGGUGAAGAUCCGUGUAUUCACGAAGAUAACACAAUUUCAAUGUAAAUUUUUGUGUUUUGUAGCUUUAAA